AAAGUUUGGAGCUGGAUCUUGCAGGCAGUCGGCGCAAAAGCAGACCUCUGUAUUGCAGCGCUGCUCCACACGGAGUUAUUGACGGGAAACAACGCAAGCACUGCGGGAUUUAUCCUAAUGUAGUUUUUUUUAAAGGCAGACCUUUUUAAAAUUAAAAAAAAAACUUUUGAUUACGCACAGAUCUUGCAAUUCUUUACGGCAGCUUUCUGGAUAUUUUACUCUACUGAAUGGCUCUGAGUUGGAUACUAUAGCAUCCAAAAACGCACGGAGUACACGCGCUCCAAUCCUGCUGGACUAUACCCGCUGCGGGUUCCGGGGCGACCCAAUCUAACUUUGUGUUUGAGGAGGAUAUCAACUGUGCCAAUAUUUACAGAAGGCAGCCGCACAGUGUCGCGGUGACCAUGCCCGGGAUGAUGGUGUCGUUCAGCUGGGCAGCACUGCUCGUCUUGUCCGGGCUGAUCGGUCCGCUCUGCGUGGUGCAGGCUUUUGGCGAUGAGGUGGAGGAAAUGACCUGCGACCCGAUCCGAAUCAGCAUGUGCCAGGGUCUCGGUUACAACGUCACCAAGAUGCCCAAUCUGGUCGGCAAUGUGCUGCAGUCGGACGCCGAACUGCAGCUGACCACGUUCACACCGCUUAUACAGUACGGCUGCUCCAGUCAACUUAAGUUUUUCCUGUGCUCAGUCUACGUGCCAAUGUGCACAGACAAGGUUCCCAUCCCUAUUGGGCCGUGUGGUAGCAUGUGUUUGUCAGUCAAGAGAAAAUGCCUCCCGGUGCUCCACGAGUUUGGCUUCAUAUGGCCUGAGGUGCUCAACUGCAGCCUCUUCCCACCCCAAAACGACCACAACCACAUGUGCAUGGAGGGCCCGGGGGACGAGGACCUGCCCUAUCAGCCUGUCCGCCAUCCUCCCCACCAGGAGGAGUGUCAGGCCCUGGGAUCUGAACCUGACCAGUAUACUUGGUUAAAACAGACCGAAAGCUGUACUCUCCAGUGUGGCUACGACAGUGGGCUCUACCGACGAGGGGCCAAAGUCUUCACAGACGCGUGGAUGGCGGUGUGGGCCGUGCUGUGCUUCCUGUCGACCACUCUGACAGUCUUGACCUUUCUGUUGGAUUCACAGCGUUUCUCUUACCCUGAGAGGCCCAUCAUCUUCCUAUCUAUGUGCUGUAAUCUGUACAGCGUUGCCUACCUGGUACGCUUAACUCUGGGCAGGGAGCGUGUUUCCUGUGACAUAGAUGCCACCGCAGUACCAAUUCUAGUACAAGAAGGGUUAAAGAGCACCGGCUGUGCAAUAGUCUUCCUCCUGCUCUACUUCUUUGGCAUGGCUUCCUCACUCUGGUGGGUGAUCCUGACCCUCACUUGGUUCUUAGCUGCUGGACUGAAGUGGGGCCAUGAGGCUAUUGAAAUGCACAGCUCUUACUUUCACAUAGCAGCCUGGGCCAUCCCGGCCGUUAAAACUAUCGUCAUCCUCAUUAUGCGACUGGUCGAUGCAGACGACCUAACUGGACUCUGCUAUGUUGGCAACCAGCAGCAGGAGGCACUCACAGGAUUUGUGGUAGCACCACUGGCCACAUACCUCCUAAUAGGCACUCUGUUUAUCUGUGCUGGCCUAGUGGCUCUUUUCAAGAUUCGCUCCAAUCUGCAGAAGGACGGUGCCAAAACAGACAAGCUGGAGCGUUUAAUGGUGAAAAUCGGAGUGUUUUCUGUUCUCUACACUGUCCCGGCUUCCACCGUCAUUGGCUGUUACCUUUACCAGCUCUCUCAUUGGGGGGAGUUCAGGGCCAGCACCCGGGACUCAUACGUGGCAUCAGAGAUGCUUCGGAUCUUCAUGUCACUGCUCGUAGGCAUCACAUCAGGCAUGUGGAUCUGGUCAGCAAAAACCCUCCACACCUGGCAGCGCUGCUCUGCCCGCCUGCUCAGGGAUAGCAGGGCGAGCCGAGGGGGCAAGAGGGCACCGGGCGAAGGCUGGAUCAAACCAGGGAAAGGUAACGAGACGGUUGUGUGAAAAGGAGAGAAAACAGACAGGAAUGGACUUUCACCUGCUUCUCUGUCACUUACAAAAACUCACUCUGCCAAAGGAAAAAUGGAGAGGACCAAGAAAAGCGACGAGAGGGACUAGCAGUAGUUUCUCAAGGAAGCCACUGGAUGUAAUGGCAUCGUAGAAGCUCGCUGAGAAUCUGCAAGCAUGCCUCAUCCCCUCCAACUGCCUCACAGAGGCUAAGGAGGAGAAAAGUGGAGAAUUUUGGUCGUACAUAAGUAGCAACAGUAGUCUCUCUUCCACUGUUUGACUUCCUUUGCCCAGAGAGAUAGAGAAAGCGAAAAAGAGAUGGAAAAGGAGCAUUGAUAUGCAGACCUGACACACCAAUAAGCUGUGUAGCACCACGUCUACCUCUCUGCCUCUCUUUUUUUAAUAGUCCUUGGCAGAAGAGACUGGACCUGCUGGAUCCAGCAACCCUCAUAACGUUGAGGGUCUUUUAAAAUUUUGAAUUUUACACUGGAGAGUCCUGGUGCAGACAACAUACAGAUGUAGGUUGACGUUUCCCUAAAAGCAUCUGACAACUUGAGUCCCUGUGGGUUUUUUACGUCCAUGCGGGAAAAUAAUAAUGAAAAUUCUAGAACAAAAAUAAUUAAAAUCUGAUUGAAAAACAUAAAAUAUGGCCUUAAAUCUGUGAUGUUUAUAUUUGAACAACAAUAUUAUGCAUUUUUGUAAAUUAUUGCCCUUAGUACAUUAUAAAAGAGCAGGUGAUUUUAUUUCUCAGAUUGUUUUGGGAAACCAGCUUUAAGCUGUAAUAAUGCACUAUAAUUCUAUACAAUAUGAAGUGUCUGUGCAUUAACAGGGACGGCAGUGAAAAAAUCCUUACACAUAUUAAUAUGCAGAGAACCUUGAACAGUCAAAUCAUUGUGAACACUGCAGAAUAAAUAACUUGAAAUAUUGUGAAGGCAAGAGCUGACAGAGAAAAACAAUGAGAGAUUUUUCUUAUGAAAACAUCGGACCCGAGGCAUGUUGAAGAAUUAGAGGUUAUUAGACAAUCACUUGCCAUAAGACACACUAUGCAAUAAAGAACUGUCACAGACUAAUGCAUGUGCACAUGUAUGCAGCAGGAAUACACACAUAGGAAUCAUUUUCCACGAAUCUCAUCCACCAGCAGUUAUGAUCACUAAAUAUGUAUUUCUGUCACUUUUUAAAUCCUUUAAGUUCAAUAAGGCCGUCACAGAAGCACAAUGAAAGUGGCACUAUUAAUUAACAUGUCUGUUCUGCCUGCAUAUCUGUCUGUGUGUCUGAUGCUCUCAUAGGCCCACUGCCUGGCUGUUUCUCUUCUAAACUGCAUCACGGCUCAUUUCCCUGACAAUCAAGUCGUCCCUGAAAAAGAUUAUUGUACACUACAUUUCAAAAUUUCAUGGAUGAGAGAGACAAGAUUUCAAUUCAUUGUUUCUAGCGAUGCAUUUUCUUGAUAAUCGGCAUCUUACAUCAUUUUUAUCUUGCAGUUCCUCUCAAUAACUGCUUAUAGAAUGUGCUAUAAGCUCUACUUACAGUAAGUUAUUCUGGGUCUUACUGCUGCACUCACCAAAUUUUGCAACUGCUCCUGUGCAAACGUAUAUUUGCCUGACAAUCUAUCUAGCAAAGCUCUUGCGUUUCAGUAAGUGUUUGAAUGUAUAAUAUGGGGGGGGGGUUGUGUCUCACAUUAUGCCUUGUACAUUUUAGUAGAGUCAAAAACAUUUGAUUCUGGGCUGUGUAAAUGUAAAAAGGCUUGAAUGGUUUGGAGCUUUGCUCCCCUGUGUGCCAUUUGAAACCAGAUAGUGCCUCACACAGCCUGUCACAGGAAUUUUUUACCAUGAUGUUUGGAAUGGCACAGAAAAUAACUUUACAGUGUGGGCUGCCUUUUUCUAAAAUAUGCUAAAUGUUAGAGGAGCCUUAGUGCAUUCAAAGAUCCUUUGGUGGUUUUUGGUUAAACCUAGAACCCUGAAAACCAGUGUUCCUCAAACCAGCAUACCAGGGCACGCUUAUUACAUUUCCAAAGUCAAACAAACAUUACAUUAAGUUAAAGUGAAUUAAAUUAACCUCAGACUACCUCCCUCUCUGAGCUAAUGCAGUUUUCCUCUGAAACGCUUACGCGGUCCACUCUGGUAAGACCACGUCAAGCGUCAUGUAACCUUUCCAAACAAUUACUGAACAGUUGUGCCUUAUAACAUGGUCAGUGUGUGCCACAGCCUAAUGAAUAUUGAGAACCACUGGUAAUACGGAUUUGUAAAUGCUUUUUGAGAAUCCCAGAUAUGCAUCAAUGUUGGAGGUCAGUUACCUACACUGAUUGCAGCCUUUAAGGUUCAGACUGUUCCUUUUUGUAGAAAACUCAUUGUCUUGAUGAUGUCAAUGUAUUGUAAAGAAAUUCCUAAUUUAUCCUUGUAUAAAAGUGAAAAAAAUGUAAAACUUGUUUGUUAUUUAAAAAACACUUUUGUAUCAGAAGAUGAUGAAUAAAAACUUUUUGGAUUCCAAUAUGCA